UUCCGCACUGACAAUGUCCUGGUAGUAUUGUCAAUUGAAAUUUAAGUUUAUUUAAUUUUAUUUUUAUUUUUUUAAAUUAUUGUGCUUUGAACAAUCGAUGAAAAGCUGCAGUCAUGGCUUUGAACCGCAGCUGGAAAGUUUCGCUGAGAAAUCCAUUGCUCGGAAUCUCUCAUAGAUUGUUGAGUGAAAAAGUUACUGAAAAGGCACACGAAAAAAAGGAUGCAUGCAAACCUGUGGAAAAGGCUAGGAUUCCGAUCUCCCAUCGGGAUAAGUUGAAGGAUGCUAAACGAAUAAUGAUCAAAUUUGGAAGUGCUGUUAUUAUUCAGGAUCCAGGCAAACGUAUUGCAAUGAGCAGACUGGCAAACCUUAUAGAACAAAUGGCCGAUCUUCACCAUCAAGGAAGGGAAAUCCUAUUUAUAACCAGCGGAUCUGUUGCGCAUGGAAGAACGAGUUUAUCAGCUAAAACUCGAAAAGAUCUGGCAAAACUAGAUAAAAAACCGGCAGCCGCAGUAGGCCAGCCAGGGUUGAUGUAUCUGUACAAUACACUUUUCACAAAAUACGACAUUCAAUGUGCUCAAGUGUUGGUAACUGAAACGGAUAUUUAUCAAGAUGCUAACAGGAAAGUCUUGAAGGACGUUUUGCAUAAGUUAAUAAGUCUUCGAGUCAUUCCCAUUUUAAACACCAACGAUGCUGUUUUACCUCAGCCGGAACUGCCAUGUCCCACGUUAUGCAAAGGCAUUAAUCUCAAAGAUAACGACACUUUGGCUGCAAUGCUAUCGUCCGAAGUAGGAGCGGAUUUGCUGAUUAUACUCUCCUCAAUCGAUGGUGUGUUUGAUAAAGCCCCGGACGAUCCAAAUGCAAAAUUACUUCACACUUUCUCCAAAGGAAAUAAAAAGGGAAUAGAGUUCGGACGCGCGAGUAGCGUAGGAGUAGGAGGAAUCUCUACGAAAAUUGAUGCGGCACUUUGGGCAGUGGAUCAAGGAACUUCAGUAGUAGUGGCAAACGGAAUGAUAUCGGAUGCAUUAAAAACGGUGAUUUCUGGAAAGAAAUUCGGUACAUUUUUCGUGCCUGGAAACACCUGUAAUGACGAUACGACUGAAAAAGUCGCAGCAGACGCUAGAAGAGCUAGUCGAGCUUUGAAUCUUGUAACUCCUGAUGAACGAGCCGCAUGUAUUUAUAAAUUUGCUGAAAUUCUUGACGCGAAAACUGCACAAGUCAUGGCGGCAAAUAAAAAGGAUUUAGAGGACGCAAAGAAGAAUGGCUUAUCGCAGGUUCUAAUCGGAAGACUUACUUUAACCCCGUCGAAAGUCAAGGCUUUAUCAGUGGGAAUCCGGCAGGUGGCUGAAUCCAGUAAGACCAUUCUUGGCAAGGUGGUCAAAAGAACAUUAUUAGCCGAAGGACUAGAACUGUCCCAGAUCACUGUCCCCAUAGGAGUUUUACUGGUCAUUUUUGAAGCCAGGCCGGACGUGUUGCCUCAAAUCGCCGCUCUAUCAAUCGCUUCAGGUAAUGGUCUGGUUUUGAAAGGCGGAGACGAAGCUGUUUAUUCUAAUGAAAUCAUGAAAAAUAUUGUCGAUGAAGCUCUAAAGACCAUUAAAUGUGAAGGAGCAGUAGGACUGGUGAGUACCAAAGAAGAAAUAGCUGAUUUAAUCAAUAUGGAUCAGUAUAUCGACCUCAUCAUACCAAGAGGUGGAUAUCAGCUGAUCCGGUUUAUCCAGGAAAAUGCUCGGAAAAUUCCAGUAAUGGGUCAUUCCGAAGGUAUCUGCCACAUUUAUGUUGAUAAAGAUGCGAAUCUCGAAAAAGUGUUCAAAAUUGUCAACGACGCAAAAACCGAUUAUCCCACGGCAUGUAAUGCUGUCGAAACCAUUCUUCUACAUAAAGACUUAAUGGAAGGCGACUUUUUCUCCGAACUGUGCUGCGGCCUAAAGAACCUUCAAGUUAAAAUUAACUCAGGUCCUAAUCUAUCCAAAUGUCUUCAGUUCGGACCUCCAUUAGCCAAAUCCAUGAAAAAAGAAUAUGGUUCUUUGGAAUUGUGCAUUGAAGUGGUAGAUAACUUGGAUCAGGCAGUUGAACACAUUCACAAAUAUGGCAGCAGUCAUACUGAUGCAAUUAUUACGGAAAAUCAUGAGACAGCUGAAAAGUUCCUGCAGAAAGUGGAUUCGGCUUGUGUUUUUCACAAUGCCAGCACAAGAAUGGCCGAUGGAUUUAGAUUUGGUUUAGGGGCGGAAGUUGGAAUAAGUACGGGAAGAAUACAUGCCAGAGGCCCGGUGGGUAUUGAAGGUUUACUGACGACCAAAUGGCUUUUGAGAAGCCAGUGUGCUCAUACAGCCGGUGAAUUCAAUCAAGAAAAUGGGCCUAAGUGGAUCCAUAAGCCUUUGCCUUUAAAUUGCAAAAAUUCCUAGUUUUUUUUUGAAAAAAUCUGUAUUGUGCUUGUGAUAUAACGUGAAAUGUUCAAAUAAAAUUAUGACAGAACUAUGGAACAA